GCGGCGCCGGGCAUUUCUCCGCAGCUCGGCUCGCGGCCGCGCCCGCCGCCGCCCGGCCCCGCGCCCAUGCAGGCCAUCAAGUGCGUGGUGGUCGGCGACGGCGCCGUGGGGAAGACGUGCCUGCUGAUCAGCUACACAACCAACGCCUUCCCCGGAGAGUACAUCCCCACUGUUUUUGACAAUUACUCAGCCAACGUGAUGGUGGAUGGGAAGCCAGUCAACCUGGGGCUGUGGGACACCGCAGGGCAGGAGGACUAUGACCGGCUGCGACCGCUCUCCUAUCCUCAAACUGACGUCUUUCUCAUCUGCUUCUCCUUGGUGAGCCCAGCUUCCUUUGAGAACGUCCGUGCCAAGUGGUACCCAGAGGUGCGGCACCACUGCCCCCACACGCCCAUCCUCCUAGUGGGCACCAAGCUGGACCUCCGUGAUGACAAGGACACCAUUGAGCGGCUGCGGGACAAGAAGCUGGCACCUAUUACCUACCCACAGGGCCUGGCCAUGGCCCGAGAGAUUGGUGAGCUCUGUCAAGUACCUGGAGUGCUCUGCCCUGACCCAGCGGGGCCUGAAGACGGUAUUUGAUGAGGCCAUCCGGGCAGUGCUCUGCCCACCCCCUGUGAAAAAGCCUGGCAAGAAGUGCACGGUCUUCUAGAGCCCCCCCAGGCCAGCCUGGGGAGGGACAGCGCCUGGCCCAAGUGUGCCCUGUGUUGAGCUGUUUGGUGUCUGCUGUGGGGAGUGGUAUG